GUAGAAUUUACUUAGAUCAUCAAUCUGUACAAUGUACACGUAAUUUGGGUCUUAGAGCUAGAUUAAGGUAUGAAUAUUUCAGUGAUGGAUGCAUGGCAAGUGUAAUUUGGCUUCACUGGAUCGUUUAUCUUGUCUACCAACUAUCGUCCUUGAAAAUGGCAUCAUCAUCUAAAAUGCAAGAGGAAGGAAAGUACCAAGUCAUUUAGGCACAUUUUGUACUCACUGGAUAUCUGCUGCUGUAGACGCUUCCUAAUAGUUCAAGUAAACUUAUGGCGAAACCUUAUGUUUAUGUCAUGUUGGUAGCAGAUUCUACAGAUGAAAGUUGUGAUGAGGACUCUACCACAUUAAAAAUAAUGCCGGAGAACAACAGCAGUAAGUGGACAGGACUACGGCUGGCCCUACUAGUCCUCUUCUUGGUCCUGUAUCUGGUGAUAGGAUCAGUAGUGUUUUCUGCCUUGGAAGGACCCAUGGAGCAGAAGGAGAUAGAUGAAAUAAAGAAGUUACGAGCAGAAUUUCUUGGAAAUCAUUCUUGUAUCAGUGAUGCAGAACUUGAGCGUUUGAUAGUCAAAAUUGUAAAGUACAGUGAACGUGGCGUGUCUGCAGUGCGCAAUGCUACAAUGGAACCAAACUGGAGCUUUGGACAGUCCUUCUUCUUUGCUGGGACAGUUCUCACCACAAUAGGUUAUGGUCAUGUGGCCCCUUUGUCAGAUGGAGGGAAGGCUUUCUGUAUAUUUUACGCUUUAAUUGGGAUUCCAUUGACUCUGAUCAUGUUCACUGCCAUUGUAGAGCGCCUCAACAUCCCAGUGACAGUCUUUCUACAGUAUUUGCUGAAUAAAAUGCAGCAUUUAGCCUCACCAUUUCACAUAAGACUGGUGCAUUUGUUCCUGGUCAUUGGACUUGUGCUGCUCUUCAUUUUUCUCAUCCCUGCUGCCAUAUUUACUGCUCUUGAGGUGGAAUGGAACUAUUUAGAUUCAUUUUAUUAUUGCUUCAUCUCCAUGACAACUAUAGGACUUGGAGAUUAUAUCCCGGGAGAACAUCCAGACCAGCAGUCCAGGACUGUGUAUAAAAUAGCCACAACAAUUUACCUGUAUCUUGGGCUGAUUUUCAUGAUGUUGAUGAUAGCUGUCCUCUAUGAGAUUCCCGAGCUCAAUCUCGGAAUUCACUUCUACAUGGCCACAGCGGGGAGUGGAGACGGGGAGACAACAUACUUACAGGCCAGGAAUGGAGGCCCAAACUACACACAGCAGAUUGACGAGCCAGUCCACACUAUAACUAAGUCAUACAAAAGGCAGCUUACCAGUGAUAGUGAUGAGGAAUCGCCAGCAGCAGUUCAGAAUAAAUAGAACAUGGCCAUACGCAAUAUAUUUUGGUUUUGUUUUUUGUUAAUUGUUAAUUAAUAAAAGAACAACAUGAACAUGUUUAAAUUAGUUUAUUUGUCUGGUGAACUCCUAUAAGAUCUUAUAUUUCUUUUUAUUUUAGAAAUAUAAAUCUUUAAUCAAUUUGAAAGUUUAGACUUGCCAAAAAUAUUGAAUAAUUUUAGAUAAAGCUAUUGUUGAUUAGCAUAUUGUGCUAACUUUAAACCCUCUAAAUGCCAAGUUCCUUUCCAUUUCAGUGGUGUUAUAUUGAUCAAAGAAUGUAUGUUUUGUUUUCCCUGGAGAAAUUUAUCCUAGCUAAUGUCUUAUUUGAUUGACUCCUGUAAUAUUUUUACUUAAAUAUUACUAUGGUAAUGUAUGUUUUUAACUGUUUUUGUUGUUGUUGUUGUUGAAAGGGACAUAUUUUGUGUACUUAAGGUAAAGGUGAGUAAAUUAAGUGUUUCUGACAAUGGCAUUAUAGAUUUAAUUUAAGUAAUUAUGUCACCAGUUGAAGUUGAGCAUGUGCCAUUUAGACUGAUGAACUUGAGCUUAGUGUAACAGAUUCCAUGUUUGAUAUGGACAUUUAAAGAAAGCAUUACUAAAGAGAUUAUAGAGUAUAACAGAAAAAUUAAGUCAUAGUGUACAAGAUGUAGGCAUCAUUUGAUCUGUACUUUCUGAUUUUCCCCAAAAUUUUCAAAGCAGAAACAUGAAUAUUUUAACACCCAUUCUUGAGCAGGAGAAGUAAUUUCAAAUGUAAAGUAAGAAUAUCUUGAUUAAAUAUUGGGAUAUAUAGUUUAAUUUGCAGUCUAAUGAAGUAUACCAAUAAUUAAGAUGUAACAAGAAACCAUUUUCUUUGAGAGUCAGGUAACCAAAUCAGGGUAAAAGCUCUUUGGCAAAAUUAUGGACCCAUCCAACUUGAUCCAAGAUAAAAUAGAACACUUGGCAGUUGCAUCCAGUUGAACAAUAAUAUUUUAAUGUCGGACUCGUACAGCUAUCGAGUUUUGUACUCAGUGUUGUCAUCUUAUCCAAGAAAGAAAAGGUUACAUAUCAUAUCUGCAUAUAAAGCUUAGGGGAGAAAAAAGAUGAGUACAUGUCUUCUGGUUGUGGAUCUCACCUUCGGUGCACCAACAACCUAUGUAUAAUUUGAAAGCUAUACUUCAUCCAAAUAUUGAGGUGUCUAGUAUUUAACCUACUAAAUUAGGUGGUUGCAAUGAGUUCAAUGUAUUUUUAUCCUCUGGGCUUUUUAGGUGCCAAAGGCAAUUGUGCAAGUUUAUUUUUAGUAUACCACACACAUUAUGUGAUGCUCCAUAUAUAUAAUAAUGCUUUAGUUAUGUAUACAGGUGUAGUCAAUAUUAUAGCGAUAAACAUUUUCAGAAUUAUCUGAUGAUCCUAUGUGGAUCUGUGAGCAUCUCUUAGAAAAAACUGGUAAUCAGAGCAAACGUGUGGUAGAUACAAAAAAUUUGGUGAAAUCCAGUGCUAAGAUAUUACAUAUACAAAGAGGGUAUAAUUUCCUAAUCGCAUUUUAAUGCCAUCAUCAUAGAUAUACAUUACAAAUCUUUGUUACUUACAUAUUUUAGAUCAAAUAUGCUUGUAAUGUGGAAACCCAUCUCAUUAAUGGAAACAAACAUCUUUCUUCUUUUUUCAGUUAUCAUAUGUAUACUGUAUUCAGUCUUUUAAUCCUUUUACUGACAAUAUCUCAAUUUGCUGAAUGGACUUAAAUCAUUUGACAAUGUCAUUUUUAAAUUGUAAUUAGCUCAUGUUUACUUUGGAAAGAACUUUAGCACAUUUUUCUCUUUUCACGUAAAGUGAAUCAUCAUAUUUUAUAACAAGAAGCAGAAAAAAGAACAAAAAUGUAAAAUGUUGUAUUAUGCAUUUUUCUUAACAGACAAUGUAUGAAAAAUUGGGCUCCCAAAAUAAAUUCAGAUGAAAUUUGA